CAGUUUGGUUUAUGAUUGGUUCAAACUCAUGAAACAACCUGUCUUCUUUUUUUAAAAAACAAAAACAAAACAGGAAAUAACAGCAGAAGACAAGUGAUGAGGAAAAUAACAAAAGACAGGAAUGACCAGUGACUUAGAAACUGACUGUCAGGCUUCAAAAUAGUUUUAGAUUGCUAGAUGGAUUCUCCUGGGCAAUCUAAGAAGGCUACACCUAACCGAGAGACCAAGCGAAGCCAACAUCAGUCAGCCAUCCCUCCGCAGAAAGACGCCUAUGCCAGACUCCUGAGCCAACACCACAGCAGCAAGUUCAGCUUGUAUCUGGAACAAUAUGCACAAGACUUGUCAUGUCAAAAGGAAGGAAACGCUCCGAACCCAGUUCUGAAAGCCCAGAGUGAAAGACUGAACAUACCACAGCGAAGGAAUGACCAUGUAGCUUAUGAAUUUUCAGAUUCAAGCGACUUUUCCCCGUCUUCACUUAAAAGUAGAGAAGAGAGUUCUCUGUCUUUAUAUAUGGAGAAAUUAAGCACUCGAGAUACUCCGCAGGAUGGUGAGAGGAAGCAGGGUUUGUCUGACAGACAACGACGGGGACAAAGAAGAGACACUGCUACCAGCCAUGAUGGAGACAUAGAAUCAGGCGAGGAGCUCAGCUGUUUAAAGCCUAAUGAGUCAAAGAAACAUCAAAAGCAGCAGAAGAAAAACAAGGAUCUAAACCGAGAUGUGGCCUCCAAAGAGACCAACUCCUUUGUUGGACAGUCCCCAAAGAAAGCCAGUACAAGUGGGCAGGAUCCUGAGAAGGUAAAGAAGUCAAAGAAAAAGAAUUUGCCAAAACACUUAGAAGAGGAGCAAGGAGGGACAUUAAUGCCUGAGACUGACAAACUGAUGUCAAGGCCCAAGUCCCCUCAUAGUAAAGGAAAGAAACCUCAACGACCUGGAGAUUCAAGCGCCAGUUCUUCUGCUGUCAAAUGUAAGAAGCCUACUAACAAAGGUGGCGGAUCAAAGGAACAAAAGUUUGAGUCCUACAUGGCGGCUGAAGAGGUUUCCUGUGGUCUUAAAAGAGGAGAACUCAUUCAGGGCCAAUUACGAAUCAACCCAAAGAAGUUUCAUGAAGCCUUUAUUCCAUCUCCUGAUGACACACGAGAUAUAUUUCUGGAUGGGGUUGUGGCUCGCAACAGAGCGCUUAAUGGAGACAUUGUGGUUGUGAAAGUGCUACCUCGGGAGCAGUGGAAGGUUGUGAGGUCAGAUACAGACUGUGAGGGAAAUAGUGAAUCAGAGGUCCAGAGAGAACAUAAGAAGACCGAGCACACGCCAAGGCCCGACGACCAGUGUAGUGAUCAGGAUGACCUCCAGAAAACUACCCUCACUGACACAGGGGGACUUUUAGAGAACCCCCCACCCCCACGAUCGAAUGGUGAAAUACUACAAAAGACUGCUAAGGUGGUGUACAUUGUCGAGAAAAAACACUCAAGAGCAGCAACAGGCUUCCUGAAGUUCCUGCCAGACAAGCCCUUUGCCAUGUUCUCCCCUGUGGACCACCGGCUUCCACGGAUCAACGUUCCCCUGACUGACUGUCCUGAAGAUUUCAGUUUUCGUGCAGGCGACUACACAAACACCUUGUUCAUCUGCCGCAUCACCAGCUGGGCAGCUGACAGCAACUUUGCUGAAGGUCGACUUGCUAAGACUUUGGGUCAAGCUGGAGAAAUCGAGCCAGAGACGGAGGGCAUCCUCACAGAGUAUGACGUUGAUUGUUCUGAGUUCUCCGAUGAGGUGUUAGACUGUUUACCCAAGGACCUGCCCUGGAACAUCCCCCAUGAGGAAAUGGAAAAGAGAAAAGACCUGAGGAAAGAGUGCAUCUUCACAAUUGAUCCUGCAACCGCUAGAGAUUUGGAUGAUGCCUUGUCUUGCAAACGUCUUCCUGAUGGAAACUUUGAGGUGGGAGUCCACAUUGCUGAUGUGAGUUAUUUUGUGGAGGAGGGGAACGCUCUGGAUGCUAUUGCCAGUCGAAGAGCCACUAGUGUUUACCUGGUUCAGAAAGUAAUACCCAUGCUGCCCAGGCUGCUGUGUGAGGAGCUGUGCAGUCUGAACCCUCUCACCGAUAGACUCACUUUCUCCGUCAUCUGGAAAAUUACCCCCGAGGGGAAGAUACUUAGCGAAUGGUUUGGCCGCUCAGUGAUCCGCUCCUGUGUAAAGCUAAGCUAUGACCAUGCUCAGAGCAUGAUUGAGGCCCCAGAGAAGAUGUUCUCUGUCGAGGAGCUGCCACCAGUGGAUCCUGUGCACCACAUCGAUGAGAUUCACCAAGCAGUACUCAAUCUGCAUUCGAUUGCCAAGAACCUUCGAUCUCAGCGCUUCUCAGGUGGCGCUCUCAGACUAGACCAGCUGAAAUUGUCCUUUACUCUGGACAAAGAGACCAUGAUGCCCCAGGGUUGCUACGUUUACCAGUACAGAGACAGUAACAAGUUGGUGGAGGAGUUUAUGUUGCUGGCGAACAUUGCCUCAGCCCACCACAUCUACCGCAGGUUCCCCGAGGUGGCUCUGCUCAGACGCCACCCUCCACCAAAAACAAAGAUGCUGGAUGAGGUGCAGGAGAUGUGUGACCAGCUGGGCAUCAACGUUGACUUGUCCUCCGCGGGAGCAUUACACAAAAGUCUCAAUACUUCUCUUGGUAAUGAUGAAUACUCAAGUGCAAGAAAGGAAGUCCUCACUCACAUGUGCUCCAGACCCAUGCAGAUGGCGCUGUACUUCUGUAGCGGCAUACUGAAGGACGAGCAUUUAUUCAAGCACUACGCCCUUAACGUCCCUCUUUACACACAUUUCACGUCACCCAUUAGACGAUAUGCAGACAUCAUAGUGCACCGGCUACUGGCUUCCUCACUGAAAUGUGGGCCUCAACUGGGACUGUCAACACAACAAGUCGAAAAACAAGCAUCACACUGUAAUGACAAGAAGAUGGUGUCCAAAAGGGUCCAGGAAUUCAGCUCUGACCUCUUCUUUGGAGUUUAUGUAAAGGAGUGUGGGCCACUGGACUCUGAGGCCAUGGUAAUGGGGGUUCUGGAUCAGUCCUUUGACGUACUGGUUCUCCGAUACGGAGUUCAGAAACGCAUCUACUGCAAGUCUGUUCCCGGCCUGGACUCCUUUCACCACCGUAAGGUGGGGAAGAAAUCAGAACUGACCCUCAUCUGGGCACCAGAGGACCCCGAGAAGCCCAGAGUAGAGCAGGUCAUAUCAGUCUUCACCUUAGUGGAAGUGCAGCUCAAAGCUGAUGGUGUGCCCACAAAAUGUACUGCAGUGCUCAAGAGGCCUGAUGACAAUGGAUCUUAAAUGCUCAAACUUGCCUUAUAGUAUACAUAAACACUUGUGAUGCAGUUUCAUUUUAAUUGACAGGUUUUAUUUAGUAGUUUAGAAGUAGUCACAAUGUGCACAGAUGCCACUGAUGGGGCCUAGAACCAGAAUUCAGUAGAAGUAGGUUUUUACUUUCUUUCAGCUGUCAUUUGGUUUCUUUUUAUUUCUAAAAAUAGAAAUAUAUAGAUAACGGCAUGUAUCCAUCAUUUCUACCCUCAGCUGAUGGGAGAAGUGUCUGAAGAUAUAGUUAUGUUGCAGUUUAUAGCAGUGUUAAAUUGUACUGCAUUAACAGAGAGACCAGAUGUGUUAUCAUUUACGCUAGUCUUACUUCAUUCAUAAUACAAGGCAUAGUUGAAAUAGAAAUGACUUGCAAAGAAACCGCAAACCACCAACUGAUGUCUUAUACUCCACGCUAAUGAGUUACUAAUGGGCAGCAAUGAUGGAGACAGCAAUGGUUUGAUGUUGCUGUGGAUCUGUUGACCUGAUGAGGUCAGUGUUGAAAUGAUAUAUUUAUAACACAGUGUGAUGUGUGUAAAUUAUUUUAAACUCUGUUGGGUUCAGAUCUUUUGAUGUACUGUAAGAUAGUGGAGAGAUUUGUGUUUACAAAGCAAAGGAACCUCACUACUAUGUUAUCUCUGACUGACUGGUUGUAGUAUAAAUUGUGGAGGACGUAGUGAAACUGCAUAGAUGUGGAAUAUCUGUAGCUUCAGUAGUAAAUUUAAUUUGAAUUUCCAAGGAAGUGGAUCAAGAGCCACUGUGUCAUCCACUGCAUUUUUAAAUGGUUCUUGUCUAUGUAAAAAGAAUACUUCAGGUCCUCGUUAUUGUUUUUAUUCUAAAAUAUGGGAAUAACUUGAACUUAAUUAUUGUUGGUGGCCUGGAGAGACUAAUUAAUUCGAUCCAUAUGAGCUUCCAACUACUGUUUUUAUGUGCUUGGUUUGUGCAGGGCUGACUCUUUAUGGACCACAUUACUUUUUGUGUAUUUUCAACCUGACAGCUGCACAUUUUUAGGUGAACGCAGGCUCCACCUUUGCUUUAACUGAGUCUCCAGUUCUGUCCUCUUGAAUGGUGUCAGUUUGAUUUCCUGCUGAUUUGCUGCUACUGUAUGUCUGCACUGCUUUGGUAGCUCUUUUGUUUUAAACCAGCCAGCUAUUGGGAAUUUAAAGAGGGGUUUUUGUGAAUCAGUUGGGAAGGACUGUCAAAUUUGAAAACAUUUAAAUGAAUUCCAAGUACGACCUGUGUGUAUCUUCAGUGGUGGAACAUUGUCAUCCUGCUCAAUGUGCAAAGUUUAUUGUUCUGUGUGAAACCAACAGAGAAAGCAAUAAAUAGCUCUUGUCAAAUAAACAUACACAAUAAAAUCCACAGGUCAGAAUUA